CCCUACCAACUUAUCCUAACUCCACACAAUCUUUAUCCUCACAUCUCACUCGACAUGUUCUCUUCAGCAGCUCCAAACUCGAAAUCUCAGCAGAAUCAGCCAAUGCAGCAGCCACUCCUGCCAGAACUUCAUAAAUUUCAGUAGAAUCAGCCAAAACAACUGAUUUUGGUGCUACCAAAUGAGCUCGAAAAUUGGGUUGUGGGAUGAAUAAUACUACGUAGGGUAUAUGAAAAUAGGGUAUAUGAAGUAUUAUUUUUUGGGUAAUUCUCAUAUUACGUGGGAUAAAUAAUAAAGUGUUUUGAUUGGGAUAAUGUGUUAAAAAUGAAUAAAUUUAGUGAUAUUUGUAAUUGGAAAUAUGUGUAUUAAUAUAUUAAAUAAGAAAUAAUCAAUUGUUAGAUUAGUGAUUGUAUUAAUUAAUGAAUAUACAUAUUUAAUGAUAUUGUAUUAUGAAGUUAUUCAAUGUUCCAAAAAAAAUAAAUAAUAUAAAUAUUUCAUUACUCGUUUCAUCUAUAACAACAACAUGACAAAGGAAUACAAAUUUUUAUUCAUUAAAAAGAGUUACAGAAUACAUAUAAAUGUUUACUUUUGUGCUCUCCUACUCGGGCGCAUAUCCAUUUCAUUUGUAAAUCUGGUCUUUUGAGGUCUACUGGUUUGACCGUGCCUAGCACUUUGAGGCGGUAUCACUAAAUAUCCGGUAUCCGGCAUCCGGCAUCGCACUUACGUCAUGCAUAGGCAUAAUAUCCGAAGCAUACGUACGGAUGUAGGCACCUAAUUUAUACACGUCCGGGAUGAGAUGAUAAACAGUUAUUUCUAAGAAAUGACAUGUCGCAUAGGCGUGAACACAUGGGAAUCCAUUCUGCUUCCAAAAACCGCAAUCACAUUCGCAACGUGAGAGAUUUACGGUUACUGGCGGAUAAUCACUAAUGGAAACAGAGUAUAUUCCCGUUGAUAGGUUAUGCGGGACAAUAGUGCACCGAUGCCUUUGCUGCGAACGUUCAAGAAUAUCUUUCCAUAUAUUUUGCGGAUACCGGAACCCAGCUUGCCGCCACAUCUGACCAGCCCUACGUCGGUCGGCAAAUAGUUGCACAACUUUGUUAUAAGUCGCCUUAACAAGCGCGGUGAUUGGAAGUGUGCGACAUCCCUUUAGGACGUUAUUGAAGCUCUCAGAAAGAUUUGUUGUGAGGAUGCCGUAACGUCGUCCGUCAUCGAAGCACAAUGCCCAAUUUUCAUGUGGAAUAUCAUUCAAAUAUGUGAACGCAUUCUCAUUCCUAACACGAAUUUGAGCCAUUGUUUGGUAAAAUUCACUCACAAUGGGUGUACUCCCAGCCUGCCAACAGAGCUUUUUCAGUUCAGUGCUCCUGAAUUUUGUCAUGAAAUUGCUCCUAAUGUGUCGGAGGCAGAACCGCUUUGAAACUUAGGAGGUUUUCAAUUGAGGUACUGAUCGAUAGGCACUUAGGAUGCCGGGAUGUCGGUCUGAUAUUAGGCACACAUGUCGAUUUGGUCUAACAACAUAAGUCAUAACGUGUUCCAAAAACCGGGACCAACUAUCUGUGUUUUCACUUUCCACGACUGCGUAGGCGAGAGGGAAAAUCUCACGGUUAGCAUUCAUGGAGACUGCAACCAGGAGAUGGCCCUUGAACUUUCCGUACAAGUGAGUACCGUCUACUGAUAGUACAGGCAGACAAUGUUCAAACCCAUCAAUGGAAGCUUUGAAAGCCCAAAAUGCACGGUGAAAUUCAUACGUACCAGCGUGAUCGGUUGGUUUUGGUUGGAAAUCUACCACUGAUCCUGGAUUUGAUGCUCUUAUCGCAUGCAACAAAUUGGGUAAAUCAUUGUAGGCCGCCUCCCAGUUGCCGAAUCUUCGCUCAAGGGAGAUCAAACGUCCAUACCAUGCCUUUUUGUACUUGACAUUGAUUCCGAAUUUGUCGUAUAUGUCUUGGAUCACGAGUUUAAUGCUGUAAUCCGAAUUAUGCAGUCGUGUAGUGGCUGAUAUUUUUUCACCUUCCAAAAAUUGGUGUUGAGAAUAUUUCCCGCCUGAAUGUGCCAUGUACACGUUUCAUCAUAGAUGCAAACUGCCUUCCACGAUCUGACACGUUUGUCAAGUGUCCUAAAAAUUCGGUUUGGUCGAAUACUUUCUUUGGCUACGCCUUCUUUCAGUAAGUCGUAUGAAUCAUAUAUUUUGCCGACCACAAUUCUAUCACUUUCACGAUUUGCUGGUUCAACAUAUGGUUGUUCCAGUUCGAUACCGGCCCAUGUUGUGUCAUGAACGACAUCAUUAUCGUCAGAAUUUGUUGUUGCAUCAUCAUCUCCAGAAAAUUGUUCAUAAUCAGAAUCUUCUUCCUCUUCAUAUGUUGUUGAAGGGCCAUCUUCCUGUUCAACACAAUGCGGGUUAUAGCGUCCGCCGUAUCUCGUUGAUGGUCCGUCACCGUGGGAGUGGAUAUUGUGAAAAGUUUCACAAUUGUGAGUAUCACCUCCUCCAUAUGUGUUAUAUAUGUGUGUGUGUAUAUUUUAUUAAAUGAAAUUAUAAAUUACAUAUAUAAAUUUUCAAUGAAACUAUAUCAGUGUUACGUAUUACAUUAUAAUAUAUGUACGAUUGAUAUUGGGCUUAUCCACUGAACAGUAUUACCACCAUGCCAGAAACUAGAAAAGGACUAGUUUUAGACGAGGUUGUGAAAAUUGUAGCAAGAUAGUCCUAUUAUAAUAUAUAUGAACCGAUACAAAUUUUAGACUUGUCAUUGAGUAAUAUUUUCACUGUGCCAGAAACUAGAAAAGGACUAGUUCUAGACAUAACAUUUGCCAGAAACUAGAAAAGGACUAGUUCUAGACGAGGUUGUGAAAAUUGUAGCAAGAUAGUCCUAUUAUAUAAUAUAUAUGAACCGAUACAAAUUUUAGACUUGCCAUUGAGUAAUAUUUUCAGUGUGCCAGAAACUAGAAAAGGACUAGUUCUAGACGUAACAUUUGCCAGAAACUAGAAAAGGACUAGUUCUAGACGUAACAUUUGCCAGAAACUAGAAAAGGACUAGUUCUAGACGAGCUUGUGAAAAUUGUACCAAUAUAGUGCAAUUAUAAUAUAUGUACUGAUUGCAAUUUUAGACUUGCCACUGAUUAAUAUUUUCAUUAUGGCAGAAACUAGAAAAGGACUAGUUCUAGUCAUAACAUUUGCCAGAAACUAUAAAAGGACUAGUUCUAGACUUUUAUGGCUCAAUUAUAAUAAAUAUUAUGAACUAAAUUAUAUUAUAGUGUUAUUUGGGAAUAAAUUGUGAUGACUAAAUUCAAAUGUUCAACUAACUAAACUAAAUUUAAAUUUGUAAAAGCAACGUAGUCUCAAAUUACUAUAUACACUGAUUUAUUAUUUAAUACAUUAUAACAAAUAUUAGUGAACCAAUUAUUUUUAUUAAUAUUUAUUUAGUAUGACUAUAUCAACUAUCUUAAUAGCAAUUAAGAUCUGCAUAUUAAUAUUAAAAAUUUUCUAAAUACUGAGAUUGAAAUAAAAAAAUCAGUACACGUGUAAUCACAAAUACUCCGUUUGGUGACCCCAUUUUUCGGCUUAUCAGGCUUAUCAGCCAGCUUUUUCACCAAACACGUAAUUUUUAUUUGACGUGCUGAAUUGUGUAAUAAGUAGAAAAACUAAGGUUGAAGUUACUUUUCUGGCUGUAUUGGCUGAAGUUACUGUAGAGGAUCAUUUUAGCUAUUUUUCCAUAUAACUUUUUAUUUUAUUAAUUAAUAAAAAAUAUUUUUAAUACAACUUUUUCAUGAAUCAGCAGAAUCAGCCAAUACAGCCACAUCAGCCAGAACUUCAUAAAUUUCAGCAGAAUCAGCCAAUACAACCAAUUUUAGUGUUACCAAACGGCCUCAAAAAGAAUAAAAAUAUAAUUAAAUUUCUAACCUCUUUGAAGGACACAACGAAUUAAAAUCGGCAACAACACUCAAUAAUUUUAUCUAAUUGAAUUUGUUUUUUGUAGUGUUUAAUAUGAUGUUGGAGGUAUUUAAAGAGGUAAGAAUUGUGGUUGGAUAGUGAACCAUCCCACAAAAUAAAUGGAGGGUUGAGAUUUUUUUAAUAUGAUCUAAGGGUUGAAAAUAAGAAGAGGAAAGCACAAUCCGCGUGUUAUUCCUUUGACCAAUCAGAGAGCUGUUUCGUGGAGCCGAUGUAUGGAGCUGGUGGCCAAAUAAUCGGAUUACACAAAUCCGAAAACACAAAAUCCGAAGCUGCCAUGCAUGCCUCUGACACAUCCACAGCCAUCCAUAUAUAUCGGAUUACACAAAUCCGAAAAAACACCUGGCCCAUCCGACUUCUCAUAUUCGGAUUAAAGAAAUCCGAAUUGUCUAAUUAAAUCACGGAUUCAUGGAAUCCGACUUUUGGUUCUGAUCCGACAUCUCUAUCGAGACUGGUAAAUCCCACAAAAAACCCUACAAAAGUCGGAUUCCCCAACCCCGUUUCCCGUAAAUUCAUACCCUAGCUCCGACAUUCGUAUUUUGGGAAUGGAUGCAUGGAAUUCCCGUAAAUUCGUCCUUUCCUCUUGCAUGUCCCUGUAGAAAGUGUAAAAAUCGAAAAUGGUUGACUUGGGAUAUUGUUAAGCAAAACCUAUUUGAGAAAGGUUUUGUUGAGGACUAUUAUGUAUGGGCAGCACAUGGAGAGACACCCAAUUCAAAUGGUCUGGUUUAUUUUGAUCAAGCUAACUCCUCGUAUUGUAAUGCAUCUGAGGUCCAAUAUGAUCCAUACAAAUCAAUGCUUGAGGAUGCAGUAAGGAAUGAAUUCCCAAUAGAAAAUCAAGGCGAUUUUCUUAUGAAUGAGGAGCCUAGUGCAACAUCCAAGAAGAUGUAUGAGAUGCUAGAUAUGACGAGUCAACCAUGCUUUGAGGGUUGUCCAAUGACUGAGUUGAGCGCAAUGACUAAAAUGUUGAACAUAAAGACUGAGAUGAAUCUAUCUGAGGCUGCCACAGACAGGAUUGCUCAAUUUGUGAAUAGAUUUUUCCCAACUAAAAUCCCCAAUAGGCCUAUACCAAAUUUCAACAAAAUAAAAAGGAAGUUAUCAUUGUUGGGAAUGACAAGCCAGUCUAUUGAUUGUUGCCCAAAAGGGUGCAUGAUAUAUUGGAAAGCAGACAAUGAGCUAAUGGAGUGCAAGUUUUGCGGUGGUGCAAGAUACAGGAUCAGUAAGCAAACAAAAAAAGCAAUUCCACUUGCAAAAAUGGAGUACUUCCCACUUACUCCUAGAUUACAAAGGCUUUAUGCAUCAGAUACUACCGCAGAGAAAAUGAGGUGGCACAAAGUUCACCAUAGAGAAGAAGGAGUUAUGCGUCAUCCAUCGGAUGCAAAGGCGUGGAUUCAUUUUGACAAUCUCCAUCCAGAUUUUGCUGAAGACCCGAGAAAUGUUAGGCUUGGUUUAUGCAGUGACGGGUUCCAGCCAUUUGGACAAUUUGGUCAGAAAUACUCUUGUUGGCCUAUCAUAGUGACACCAUACAACUUGCCACCAGGUACGUGUAUGAAACAACAAUUUUUAUUUUUGUCUAUAUUGGUACCUGGACCAAGAAAUCCAACAAAGGGGAUAGAUGUGUAUUUGCAACCAUUGAUAGAAGAGUUGAAACAAUUGUGGGAGGUUGGGGUUGUAACGUAUGAUGCAUUCUCAAGGGAGAAUUUCAAUAUGCGAGCUAUGUUGCUAUGGACAAUAAGUGAUUUUCCCGCAUAUGCCAUGCUUUCUGGAUGGAGUACAAAGGGCAAAUUUGCAUGUCCAUGUUGUAUUGAGUUUACUGAAGCAUUUUGGCUAUACCAUAGCAAAAAACAUAGUUGGUUUGAUAAUCAUAGAAAGUUCCUACCAAGUGAUCAUCCAUUUCGGUUUGAUAAUGAGAACUUUACUAAGGGAAAAUCAAUCUUCUAUGGCCCUCCGUUAGCGAGAGAUGGUUCAUACUGCUAUGAUGAGGUCAGUUCCCUGAUGUCUGUGACUGAAGUAGGAGGUAUUGAGCAUAAUAAAAUAGUUGGACGAGAUAUUGGAUGGAAGAAACGUAGUAUAUUCUGGGAUCUCCCAUAUUGGAAGGAUUUGCUUAUACGACAUAAUCUCGACGUGAUGCACAUAGAGAAGAAUUUCUUUGAGAAUAUGUUUUAUACAAUUUUGGGGGUGCCAGGAAAAUCGAAGGACCAUGCUAAAGGGAGAAUGGAUAUGGAACAAAUUUGCCAUAGGCCGAGUAUGGAGAGGGGCGGUAAUGGAAAAUUCCCUAAGGCUCCUUUUACUAUUUCAAGUGAGCAAAUGACAGUGUUAUGCAAUUGGGUUGAUUCACUGAAGUUCCCAGAUGGCUUUGCAUCUCGGUUAGGACGUUGCAUAGAAAUUGAAAAACUUAAAGUGUUUGGCAUGAAGAGUCAUGAUUGUCAUGUGUUUAUGCAACGUUUAAUUCCGAUUGCUUUUAGAGAGAUGUUACCUGCUUCGGUUUGGGAGGCAAUCACAGAGAUUAGCUUAUUCUUUCGUGAGUUAACAAGAAAGAGUAUCACCGUUUCUGACAUGGAGAAGCUAAAGGCAGAUAUUCCCAUUAUUCUAUGCAAGUUGGAGAAGAUUUUCCCACCAUCAUUCUUUGACCCCAGUGAGCAUCUUGUAGUACAUUUACCAGAUGAAGCUUUGUGGGGCGGACCUCCACAGUAUCGUUGGAUGUAUCGUUUUGAAAAUUUCCUAGGAUCAGUGUUGAAGACAAAAAUUGGAAACAAGGCAAGAGUUGAGGCCUCGAUCAGGGAAGGUUAUUUGCAAAGUGAGAUGGGUACAUUUGCGAGUUACUAUUUCCCGGAGGAAGUGGUUACAAAAGAACGCCGUGUGCAUAGAUUGGAUGAUGGUUUCUUUAUUAAUGAGGAUGCUAGCGCUUCAAUUUUUGCACAAAAGGCAAAAGCAGUCGGUGCCCGCACGCGGCGACACAUGAACCAAAAUGAAUCCAGUGCAGUUCACUCGUAUGUGUUGCUAAACUGUGUAGAAAUCCAACCAUUCCGAGAGAUGUUUAUCAAUACAACAGGAUUAACUACUUCUGACGAAGCCCAACUACAAGUGAACUUUCCUUUAUGGUUUUACCACUACGUGGAAAACGACACAAUAGAUCAUCCACGAUGGCUUCGUGCUUUAUCUAGAUUCCCCUCUCCAUAUGUGACUACUUACCAGGCGCUUAACAUAAACGGCUAUAAAUUUAACACUGUUGAGCGUUCUGAAGACAGGGUUACAUGUAAUUGUGGGGUUAUGGUGAAGUGCACCGGUUUUGAUGGAUCGAGGCUCGAUUACUAUGGAUUGAUACAAGAAAUAAUUCAGUUGGAAUAUCAAGAAUACAAGGUACUUGUUUUCAAAUGUAAAUGGUUUGAUCCUUCUGAUAGAGGUACACAAGUCCAUCCAUUGUACAACAUAGUUGAUGUACACAUGCAACACGUACUUCGUACUCCAGAUUGCUAUAUUUUAGCAUCACAGGCCGAUCAAGUUGUGUAUGUACCGUAUCCGAGUGCAAAGAGGAAGGUCAACAGAUGGCAAUCUGUUGUUCAAUGCAUGCCCCGAGCUUUUGUGGAGAAGGAACGAGGUGAAGAAUCAAAUGAAGAAGAAGAAGAUGAUGAGGAAGAACCAUCAACAUUUCAAGAAAAUGAACCAGGAAUCUCAUUCUACAUAGAGUUAGAUUUUUCAGGGGCACAACAUAUCGAUGACCUUAGUGGUCUUCCUGCCACCUCGACUACUCCAGAGUAUAUGGAUGACGCAUUAGACGGAGCAUAUGACAAUGAGCAUGCAAAUAAUGACAAUGAUGUUGUCCAAGAAGAUGAUGUUGAAUGCACAGAUGAUGAUGAUGUUUAAAGUGGUGAUGAUCAAUGUGUAUUUCUUUAUUUAUAUGUUAUAAGAAUUGGCAGAAGUUAUUGUAGACAACUAUUUUGGUAUAUCUUUUUUACUUUAUUAAUAGAGUAAUUUUUUGGUAUACCGAAAUUUCGAUAAACCAAACUAUUUUGGUAAAUCAAAUCUUC